UUACUCAUUCGUAAGGUCUCUCGAGUCAGGAUUAUUCCUAUUAUUUCCACAGACAAGUAUAUAUCAUAGUUUUAUAUCAUCCUACUUUUCGUUUUAACUUCCUAUUUUGUAUACUGAAUAAAAGUAUUAUUUUAACUUUACAGAACUUAUACCGCGAGAGUAUCUUGCCCUAAAAACGGGUUUGUAGCGUCUGCUGCUACCGACCGGUGGAAUCCUUGUAUAACAUUAAGUCUGAAACGAUAUAAUUUUUCAAGAUGAGUGUACAAGCAUUUGAAGAUCUUAUUCAGGGUCCUUUGGCUGUUUUUGUCCAAUUAUCUAAGAAAAUUGGAGGCGAUGUAUCCACGCAAGCCGCUCUUGUGCACAGCGCUUUCCAGGCUGAAUUACAAUUUAUUAAGUAUGCCAGUGAACACAGUUCUCCGAACGACGGAGAUAAACAAAAACUUCUUCAACCAACUAGUUCAAAAAUCCAAGAAAUUCAAACUUUAAGAGAAAAAAAUCGUGGCUCCCAAUACUUCAAUCAUCUAAGCGCAAUUAGUGAAAGCAUACCCGCAUUGGGUUGGGUUGCUGUGUCUCCCGCUCCAGCUCCUUAUGUUAAGGAAAGCAAUGACACUGGCCAAUUUUACACAAACCGUGUGCUUAAGGAAUGGAAAGAAAAAGAUAAGACUCACGUUGAAUGGGCUAGAACUUGGGUGCAACUUUUAACCGAUUUGCAAGCUUAUGUAAAACAGUAUCAUACAACAGGACUUGUAUGGGCUAAAGGAGGAGCCAAACCAGCAGGUGGUCCUCCUCCACCUCCCCCGUGUGGAUUGCCUCCAAUGGAUGAUUUGAACAUAGCACCAGCUGAUCCAGAUGCCACCAAUCGUAAUGCAUUGUUUGCAGAAAUUAAUCGAGGAGCUGAUAUUACUAAAGGUUUAAAAAAAGUAUCGGCGGAUAUGCAGACUCAUAAGAACCCGAAUAUGAGAGUAAGUGGGCCGGCUCCUGCUGUAAUUGGUAGUUCGUCUGGUUCUACAGCACCCAAGCCAGUCGUAGAAAAGCCUCCCGUGUUUGCUCGGGAUGGCAAAAAGUGGUUAAUUGAAAACCAGAAAAACAAUACCAGUCUCGUCGUGGAUGGUGCCGAGAUGAACAACGUUGUGUACAUUUUCAAAUGUAUUAACUCCACAAUUACCGUAAAGAACAAAAUCAACUCUAUUGUUAUGGAUUCUUGUAAGAAAUCGUCUAUAGUAUUUGAUUCGCUUGUGUCGUCGGCUGAAUUUAUCAACUGUCAAUCUGUCCAAAUGCAAGUAUUGGGUAAAGUACCAACAAUUACUGCGGAUAAAACUGAUGGUUGUCAAAUAUACUUGAGCCAAAGUUCAUUAGACACGGAAAUAGUGACAUCCAAAUCAUCGGAAGUGAAUGUUAUGGUUCCCAAAGCAGAUGGUGAUUAUUCAGAGUAUCCUAUACCCGAACAGUUCAAAACAACAAUUGGACCUAAGGGCCUUAAUACUAUUAUUGUAGAAGCCACAGGCUAAAAAUCAAUCAUUUCUCUAACUCUAAACGUUAAAAAUAAUGAGGCGAGCUAUACAUCUAUUCAUUAACUCAACCAGAAAAUUAUAUUAUAAUGCAUUUAUAUACGCUAUAUGGAAUUAUUUUUUAUCGUCAAAAUUAAUAUCCGUUUGUAAUUUAUUAUUUAUUUGUUUAUUUUUAAAUAUUUUAAUUUGUAUACAUUGGUUGUUUUAUUGAAAUAACAUUUAAGUGUAUACUUUCGCUCAUAAUAAUAUAACUGCUCAUACAUUUUUAUAUUAACCUUAUUACUACUAAAAGUAUUCUAUUAUACUUAAUACUUAAGUACAUCCUAUACAUUUUUAUUUAA